AUGGCCGAAUAUAAUCGGAGUCUCGAAGUUGAUAAGAUCGGCCUUAACCAAGACAACUUUCAGAUUUUCUCGAGGCUUGGCGAGCUCGAAACCACCCUCUCCCAACUCCGGGAGGAGGUGGACUUGGUGAAGUCGGAUGCUGCGAGCUUGGCCGAGAGGAAUCGGCUACUCGAAUCCGAGAGUGCCCGAUAUCAAGAGCGUGCAAGGGUGUUCGAGGAGAAGGCGGAGAUGAGGGCCCGGAUGUGUGAUGAUCUGAAAAACGAGCUUAAGAAGGCGGCUGAUGCAAAUGACACUCUCCAGGCCGAGUUUCAAUCGGCCAUCCAAAUGCAGAAUGUUCUUGGAGAGGCUCGAGAUGCUCUGGAGGCAAAGUUAGCCAAGGCCGAGGCCGAUUUGGAAGAAGCUCUGAAGAGCGUGGAAGUCGCCGAGGCUCAAGCCACUAUUGUUGCUGAGACUUUGGUUUUUUGA